CACAUCAUGGCGGCUUACUGAAGGAAUCUGUCAAACGAAGUAAAAAAGGACUGUAUCAAUCAAUUAUUUUAACAAAGUUGUUUUGCUGUUACUAUUUCCACAAGCAAGGGUAUCAAAAUGACGUUAUUGUGUUUAGUGUCUGGUGGUGGCUUUUCAGGUCGAUCAUGUUUUCUCACUAAGCGAAUCUUGAACGUUGCACAACUGAGGACUAUCAGGUCAGUCUCCAAGAACCACAUGCAAGAACGCUCUCACUGGAUAAACUUUUCGACUUGCAUACCACAGACAUCGCUGUCAUGUCAGCCUUAUCCUAGAUGUUUUGGGGGUCGAUUGAUUACAUUGCGAAGCGCGUGUCAGUUGCAUACCAGACUCUUAUGGACCUCUUCGAGAAAGGGACAGUGGGUGGACUCUGUCAGCAAUAUCCCACGAAAGGGACUUUCCACCUUUUCCACAAACACAGCUGUUACCAAAGACGUUGUUUUGUUCGAGCAUGAUCGAACCAGGUUUUUCAGGCUUUUGACACUGUUUUGUGCUGGCCAAUUUCUGUUUUGGACAUACCUGGCCCACUUUGCCUUCACUGGGCUGCGAGACACGCACGGUGGCAGCAACGAGUCAAAGAAGGUCAGAUCUGAGCUAGGCUGGUUCAGUUUCGAUAUGAAUUUAGGCUCAAAUUCAUGGAGGAUUGGAUUUACUGUGGGAUGUCUAACAAUAGGUGGUGCAAUGCUAGGAAUCGGCAUGCUGUUCUGCCGUCGGUCGGUCAGCCAGGUGAUUCUGCACAAAGGCGGUGGCAUGGUGACGGUGUCCACGCAGUCGCCCCUUGGAGCUAGCAAGGCGAGAAGCAUGACCAUGCCUCUGUCCCAAGUGGCCUGCCACGCGCACAGGCACGAGUCCCCCUCUUUCAUUCCGCUCAAGAUCAAAGAUCAUAAAUUCUACUACCUGCUGGACAAAGAGGGGAAGAUAAAUAAUGUGAAGCUCUUUGACAUCACCGUGGGAGCAUAUAGACCGUUUUAAGACCUAAAUUGCUAUCACAUUGCUGUUUAUGUGUUGUUGGACUUCUGACCACAAAAGGGACCUACCUACAUAUAUCUUAGGCGCCCUACGAAGUGUUUGACUUUCUGUACUUCAAAGCCAAUAAUGCAAGAGCGCAUUUGACUAAUAUGGAGAGGCUCGUGGCCAUUUUAGAAUUUACAUCUUCAGUUCCCACCAUCCCUACCAAAUGUGUUGACUUGCACUGAUUACCUGGAAAAGGUUUGAAAAGUGUUUGGUUUGAUGUUGCUGCAGUAUAGGCUACACAUGAUGCACGCCUGUUUAUCUCAAGUUAACAAUCUCCUUCUCGGUCACCUUUGUUUUUGUACAAUUUAAGACAUUUUCAUAUCAAUCAUUUUCUUUCUAAGAAUUAAACAUACUGGAGUGAAA